UCAGAUCCGCCUGCUGCCCCUCAGCAGACUGCUACUCCUAGGGACACAGCACCUGCUCUUUACACCUCUUCCUGGAGCUGCUGGGGAAUGGCGUUGUCCACAAAGUCUAGCAUCUUGGACCUGAGCUCUGGCACCCCAUGCACCAGAUCCCCAGAGGAAAGUCACGAGGCUUGGGCACAGUGCAAAGAUGCUGGCAGGCAGCUACCCGAGUACAAGGCAGUGGUGGUGGGUGCAAGUGGUGUUGGUAAAAGUGCUCUCACCAUCCAGAUGACUCACCACUGCUUCGUGAAAGACCAUGACCCCACUAUCCAGGAUUCCUACUGGAAGGAAGUGGCCAGGGACAGUGGAGGCUACAUUCUAAAUGUGCUGGAUACAUCUGGGCAGGAUAUUCACCGGGCUCUGCGUGACCAGUGCUUGGCAGCUGGUGAUGGUGUGCUGGGCGUCUUUGCUCUUGACGACCCCUCGUCUCUGGACCAGUUGCAGCAGAUAUGGUCUACCUGGACCCCUCACCACAAGCAGCCUCUGGUACUAGUGGGCAAUAAGUGUGACCUGGUGACUGCUGCUGGAGAUGCUCAUGCUGCCGCAGCCCUCCUUGCUCACAAGUUGGAAGCCCCCUUAGUGAAGACCUCAGCCAAGACUCGCCAAGGUGUGGAGGAAGCCUUUGCCCUGCUUGUCCAUGAGAUUCAGAGGGCCCAGGAGGCUGUGGCUGAAUCAAGCAAGAAUACCCGACACCAGAAAGCUGUGUGUAGCUGUGGCUGCUCUGUAGCCUGAAGAUCUUUGUCAAACAAAUUGACCCUUGUCUCAUGUCAAGGUGAAAAUUCUCUUGUAAUAAGAUUCCCCUCUCCGACCAAGUUACCA